AUGGCUUGCCAUCUAAGAUCUGCUAGCGCGCCUUCCAGCCCUCGCUCAAGCAAACCCCAAGUAGAGCAGCAGCUCCAGAGCCUGAGUACAACCAUCUCUUCGCCCUCGGCGACCAUCGAUACGACAUGCGAAGGUUUGAGGAAGCUGGCAGACAUAUACAGCUGCAUUGAGGAGAUGAUGUGCACACCCAGCAACCAAGUCAGCCUCUGGAGGACCCUGCAAAGGGUGGCAGUGGAGGCAGAGCUAGGACGGUCCCUCGUCGUGCUCGACAUCUGCAACGCCAUGCAGGAGACCUUGAUGGAGCUGAAGAUGACUGUCCAAGAGCUCUUGUUGGUUCUCAAGAGAGGAGAGGAUGCAACUUGUCAAGUCAAGGCGUACAUCCGGCUAGCCAAGAAGGCACAAAAGCAGUUCAAGAAGAUAAGCAAGAAAAGUGCUUCCGACAAGAACGAUUCUAGGGUGGUGAUGCUAAUGGCAGAAGCGAGAGAGAUCACCUUUUCACUGCUCGAAUCCACAUCCUGCAUCUUGUCGAAGCAAAUUGAGAUGCCCAAGUGGUCUCUUGUCUCCAAAACAUUGCAGAAGAGCAAAGUUGUAUGCGAAGUGGAGCAAUUGCGGGCAUUGGAGUGCAGUAUCGAAGAUCUUGAGAGCGGAGUGGAACUUCUGUACAGGAGAUUGAUCCAGAACAGAGUUUCUCUCCUCAAUGCUCUUAGUUUGUAGAUACUCUGAGCUCUAGU